AUGACCCUCUUCAAUCAGCCAUGUCUUUACUCAAAGAUAGACAAGGAAGACCCAGAAGAGGUGUCUCACCGACGAGCCAAGUUCUUGAUUUACAAAACACUUCAAAAGGCCGACGUGGUGUCUCGUCGUUCUUCUCACCCGUCGUCGUUUCUGAGGAUGAAGCUGCUAAGGUUGAAGGCCAAGAUCGGGAAGAGUUUGACUAAACUACGUCGGAACAUAGUAUCCGCCGUUAGGUUUGGCGGGAUUCAAAAGCAUUCUCAAAGCAGCGUGAGAGCCUUGAAAAAGAUGUUCCACGGUGGUGCAACCAAUGGACUACCAAGGCCUAUUUUCGCUCUUGAAGUUUGA